GUCGCUCGGGCUGUCGGGAGCGGCGCUGCGCCCGCGCGCGUUGCGGGCGCCAUGGCGGGCAGGCGUGGAGCACUUAUAGUGCUGGAGGGUGUGGACCGCGCGGGCAAGAGUACGCAGAGCCGCAAGCUGGUGUCCGCCCUGUGUGCCGCUGGCCACCGCGCCGAGCUGCUGCGCUUUCCUGAAAGAUCAACGGAAAUUGGCAAACUUCUCAGUUCCUACUUGGAGAAGAAAAGUGAACUGGAGGAUCAUUCAGUGCAUCUGCUUUUUUCUGCCAACCGCUGGGAACAAGUGCCAUUAAUUAAGGAGAAGUUGCACCAGGGUGUGACCCUUGUUGUGGACAGAUACGCAUUUUCUGGUGUCGCCUUUACAAGCGCCAAGGAGAAUUUCUCCCUACAUUGGUGUAAGCAGCCGGAUGUGGGCCUGCCCAAGCCUGAUCUGAUCCUGUUCCUUCAGUUACAACUGUCGGACGCUGCCACACGGGGGGAGUUUGGCGUUGAGCGGUAUGAGGAGACGACCUUCCAGGAACGGGCCCUGUGCAGCUUCCAGCAGCUCAUGAGGGACUCGACUUUGAACUGGAAGGUGGUCGACGCUUCCAAGAGCAUUGAGGAUGUCCAUGAGGAAAUCUGCUCACUCUCUGAAGCUGCCAUCCUUGGUGCGGCCCAGAGGCCCCUGGGGGAGCUGUGGCAAUGAACCUGGCCACCAUCAAGACACCUCCACCAGGCCCUUUGGACACUCAGCGGCAUUCCAGUUUUGGUUUCCAGGACUGUCCUGGCGCCAGAGACCUGCAGGGCCCCUUUCUGACCUGAAGCUGGGCUGUACCCAGACAUGCAUGGCAGAACACUGGCUUUGUGGGCUCUGGCAGUACCAUGAACUUGUCUUCCUAUGUCUUGAAGAUGGUAAUAUAUAUGCUGCUCUUAUUUAACUUUAGGGGUAGAAAAGUGAGCAGUUUGUCAGAAAUGUCAAUUACUUUUUUUUUUUUUAGUCCUGGCAUGAACCCAUGAUGGCCUUAAACAUGCUGGGGAAGUGCUUUACCACUGAGCUACUGUCCUAGCACUUUUCUUAACUUUACCUUGAGACAGGGUCUUACUCAGUUGCUCAGGCUGGCCUUGAACUUCCAGUCUUACUGCUUUGGCCUCCUAAGUAGCUCAAGCUACAGGUAUGGGCUACUGGGCCCAACUUCUGAAUCUGUUACAAACCCCAAUAAAAACUUAACUGCAAACG